AUGAGUAUAGCCAUGACUGCUGAACCUAAGAAGCGAAUAAAUUACUUCUACGAUGACCUAGUGAGCGACUUUAACCUUCGUAAAGCGCACGUAAUGAAGCCACUACGAGUUAGAAUGACUCACUCACUUGUUACGAGUUACGGAUUGGAUAAGAAGAUGGAAAUCUAUGUAUCCGAUAUUAUCGCAUGUGCUGUUCUCGUUAACUGUAGAGCGAAACCUGGUUCCAUAGACGAGCUGACACAAUUUCAUACAGAUGACUAUAUAAAUUUCUUGGCCAGAGUGACUCCGGAAAAUAAGGAUGAAUUUGAAGCAGAGCGAAUAAGGUAUUGCGUUGGAGAAGAUUGUCCGAUAUUCGAUGGAAUGCUCGAACAUGGUCAAAGAUCAGCUGGAGGGUCACUCGAGGGUGCUGCUAGACUCAAUCAUGGCUUGUGUGAUAUAGCUAUUAAUUGGGCGGGCGGUUUACAUCAUGCUAAGAAGCAAGAAGCGAGUGGAUUUUGUUACGUCAAUGACAUCGUCAUAGCUAUACUUGAGCUUUUGAGAUUUCACGAGCGAGUGCUUUACAUAGACAUUGAUGUGCAUCAUGGUGAUGGCGUUGAAGAAGCAUUUUAUACAACAGACAGAGUAAUGACACUUAGCUUCCAUAAUUAUGGAAAUUUUUUCCCUGGUACUGGGGAUAUAGGAGAUAUUGGUGUUGGGAAGGGGAAAUAUUACGCUGUUAAUUUCCCACUAAGAGAGGGCAUAGACGAUACAUCAUAUCAGACUAUAUUUCGACCUGUAGUUACGCAUGUUGUAGAAUGGUAUAAGCCAUCUGUUAUCGUGCUUCAGUGUGGAGCAGAUUCUUUGGCCGGUGAUCGGUUGGGAGCAUUCAAUUUAUCUUCGAUAGGUCAUGGAGAAUGCGUACGAUUUGUAAAAACAUUCAAUAUCCCAAUGUUAGUAUUGGGCGGAGGAGGAUAUACAGUACGCAAUGUACCGCGCGUAUGGGCAUACGAAACAGGAAUAAUUGUAGGAGAGCGAAUGAACGAAGAGAUUCCUCGCACUUGUAAAUAUUAUCACUAUUUCCAACCCGAUUAUAAGUUAAUAGUCCCUCCUUGUAAUAUGGAAAAUCUAAACACACCCGAAUUCUUGAACAAAACAAAAACCAAAAUAUACGAACAUCUCGCACGCUCGCGACAUGUCCCAAGUGUGCAAAUGCAGGACGUUCCACCUAGUUUCCGUGGUCAACAAGACGUGGAUGACAUGGACGAAGAUGACAAUCCGGAUAUACGGAAUCCUCAAAGGCUACGCGAUAAGCGUAUCGUACCAGAUAAUGAAUUUGAAGAAACAGACGAUGACGACGACACCGCAUACGACCCGCGCGAACGAAUAAAAUACGUUCACACGUACCGCCAUAAACUACCCAAUGUGGCGGUGGCGGUAAUGGCGAUCCUUUAUCUUGAAUACGGGAGUGCCGCGGGUGUUUGGGCUGUGAAGGAAUCUGUGAUCGGGUAUAUUCGCCUAGACACGAUUAAUAUCAACUGCCAAACAAAAUUACUUAUAAAAGAUUGGAGAUUGGUUGUCGAAUUGAAAGGCACGACGGCAUAUCAAUUUCCAUUGUCUAGCGAGGAAAUCCAACACUUGACUCAACAUUACGUUUACCCAGAAGAUGAUUUUUCGCCAGCAUCCGCUGACGUUUUGAAAGGUGCGUUUUACAAUCAAGAACUACGCAGGCCACUUACUAAAGCAGAACAACAGGAAUUAAAUUAUUAUGAUGAACAAUUAAAAAGAUGGCAAAGGUCAUUCGCCAAACUAUACGACAAACUACGCGAAAGAUCAUGUCCUUAUUUCUACUACAUGAGUUCCGACGUGACAGCGAUUUUUCUAUCGCCAAAGGCGAGUGAGAAUGGAGAGUUUGAGGCAAUUGUCCAUCGCGUAUUGCCGGAACUUCGCAAGACACUUGAAGAAGCGAAAGUGACUUUGACAGCUUGUUCACCGGUGGAGGAACAGACAAUGACAAAGAAACUUAAAAUAAGUACACGUGAUAAAUUGGUGCAGAGUAAACUGAAUCAAGUUCUCAUGGUCAAAGGUGAGAUUGACGUGGAGAUAAUUUAUAAAUGUUUAUUCGAAUGGAAAAUGAAGAGUUAUGAGAAGCGAGCGCAAGCAUUACCCGUUCUUCGAGCGCCAGUUGGAUUUGAUCGAUCUGCUAUGACAGAAGCUGUAGUCGAGGUAUCCGAUAAACCAACAAUAGCAGUUCGCCAGAGUUCUCACAGUCAUCAUUAUAGAUUGCAUCUUAAAGGAUUUAUUCUUCCACAUGCAAGAGAGCAGAUUGAAAAUAUGCUUAUGAGCGACGAUUCUGAUACUCCAAUUUACUCUUUUGAAUAUGAUAAUCGCACUCUUGGAUUAACAACAGCUACAUAUAAUAUGUCAAAAUAA